UCCCUUCCCAGCACAGACAAGUGCUGCCCCGGCCUCCCCUGGGGCCGGCUGCUGCGAGCCGCUGGGGGAGUUGCCCGAGUGCGGAUGAAGCCCCUGAUUAGGCGCUGCUGCUCCGAGGAGGGGCUGCUGCUGCAGGUCGCCCUCCUGCUCAGCCUGGCGGGGCUGCGGCUGGACCAGGAUCUGCCGCAGCGCAGGGCCCUGGGCGCUUUCCAUGCGGAUGCGGGGAGCAGCCCUCCGCACCCCAAGUGCCCGGAAAGGGACAGGGACAAGGACCGGCUGCUGCUGCUCCGGGAGGUGCGGGCGCUGGGCUGGCUGGUGCACGCCAUGGCCGGUGAGGAGAAUGGGGUGCUCCCCUCCUCGCCAGUCAGUGGCGCCGGGGGAGAUGCCCCCAGCGAGAGCCCCAGCCGCCCCUGCUCCGCCCGGGGGAGCAGCCUGCAGCAGCAGGUUCAGGAGGAAGGGGAUGGAGGAUCUGCAGCGGCCCUCGGAGCCGAGCCCAGCCCUGGGGGAAGUGACUGCCCUGCCCUAGAGGAUGUAGACUUGAAAACUGGUCAGGAAGCUUUGGAUUACUAUUAUCUGAAUAAAGGAAGUGAACAAUCAGAAUCGCAAGAUGGGGAGAAGAUAAAGCAGGUGAAUGAUGAAGAUGUUAACUGGAGCAACAGAAAUUCCAUAGAUUCCUCUCCCUUCUUGGAAGACUAUUUGCUGCUGCUGUCAUCACAGACAGAAAAUGCACUAGAGGGCAUAAUUGAAAACACCAGCUCUAUCUCCCACUCUACAGCAGGGCUAAUAUGGGAUAACUCCAUAGAAGAAAUAUGGCAAGACUUUCUCCUGUCACCUGAGUUACAGCUUCUGGCUCCAGACUUGGUUCUGUUAGUGAACCGCUCGGAAAUUUCACUGGGAGCUACUCAACCUGUUGCUUGCAGUAGUAGUAGAGGCAUGAAUUCAUCAUCUUCUCACUACCCUGUAAAUUUGAUCCAGGCUAUUAGCCAUGACAUCAGCCUCCGUGAAGCUAUGUUACUGAGAUCAAACCACAGCAGUAGGGUAAAUCCAGAAAUAAGGAAUAUACAGAGACAAGAGUCCUUUCUGCAGUUAAAUUCUAGCAUCAUAAACCCUGAAUCAUUACUUAAUGGGACUAAUUGGGGGUUAUUUACAUCUGUUGACAUUAGGAACCUAACAAGCCAGAAUCUUCUUUCAGACCUUGAUGAGAACAUAUUUGAUGAGAUAAAUCUAAUGGCAUUAGCAUUGGAAGGUUUUGAUCCUAGGGAAGUCUCUCAACUGUUUGAAAAACCUGACUCAGAUUCUGGACUUUCAAGCCAGAGCACAACCUCUUCAAGCAAUUGUGAUUCAUCAUCUGUUUCAACCUGCAAUGAAGGUACUGUUGGAUACAGUAGCAAUAUAGAAUAUACUUCCCAUGAUGGCUUAGGAGCUGUAGGGGGUCAUUACCUAGAGCAUAGUAAACAUUGCCAUAUGGACUAUCAAAGCGAUUCAAACUAUUGUGGGGAAUCCCCACUUCAACAUAUUCUUCAUAACCACACUUACACGCAGCUGCCAAAUGAAUUAGCAUCCACUUCUGAGCAUCAUUCCUCAUCAUCUGGGAAAUCAAACAAAAUAAAGGGCAGGUGCCUCAAUAACACAGAUAAUCUUAGCCAUGAUGAAUGCCAUAUCAAAGCCCUGAGAAUUCCAUUUUCUGUAGAUGAAAUUGUGAGCAUGCCUAUUGAUGCGUUCAACAACAUGUUAUCAAAGUUCUAUCUGACAGAUACUCAAAUAUCACUUAUACAUGACAUAAGGCGAAGAGGAAAAAACAAGGUUGCUGUUCAGAACUGCCGCAACAAACUAGAUGUGAUCCUGAACUUGGAAGAGGAUGUGUGUAAGCUUCAUGCCCAAAAAGAGAACCUUACGCAGCAGAAAUUUCAGUGCAAUAAAUCAAUUAGCUUUAUGAAGCAAAAACUAAGUGGCCUUUAUCAUGUAGUUUUCAAUAGGUUAAGGGAUGACCAGGGCAGACCUGUUAAUCCAAGCCAGUAUGCUCUUCAUUGCAGUAGUAAUGGCAGUGUUUUGAUAAUACUUAAGAGACUGGUCACAUCAGAACAGAAACAAAAAUAA